AUGGAAUACUCUACUAUUUUAUCUUCGAACUCUACACAUAGUUUCCAGAGAAAAAUUGCUCUUAUAGGCGCCAGAAAUGUUGGAAAAACUACUUUAACCGUUCGUUUUGUCGAGUCUCGGUUCGUUGAGUCCUAUUAUCCUACAAUUGAAAAUGAAUUUACCAGAAUGAUUUCUUACAAAAGUCAUGACUGUACACUGGAAAUACUCGACACUGCAGGUCAAGAUGAAGUUUCGAUAUUAAAUAUGAAAUCUUUGAUGGGUGUGCGAGGUAUUGUGCUGUGUUAUAGUAUAGUAAACCGUGCUAGCUUUGAUCUUAUUCCCAUCCUUUGGGAUAAGUUGGUAGAUCAAUUGGGUAAAGACAAUCUUCCGGUAAUACUCGUUGGUACCAAGGCUGACUUAGGAAGAAGUGCCAAAGGUGAAAAGAGGUGUGUUACAAAGGCUGAGGGGGAGAAAUUGGCUUCAAAGAUCGGUAGCCGAGAUAAGAGGAACCAGGCAGUGUUUAUAGAAUGUAGUGCCGAGCAAGACUUUAAUGUUGAAGAAACUUUUAUGCUUCUUUUAAAACAAAUGGAACGAGUCGAAGGAACUUUGGGCUUUGAUGCUGAAAACAAUAAUAAAUGUAAUAUUAUGUGA